ACCGAAACCUCUGUACUCCGCAGACGAACUCUACGCUCCAGCCGCUACCGAGAGAGACUUGAAGGUGGAGGGGAGAGAGAUGGAGGCAUCGAAGACGACGAAGCCGGCUGGUGGGAGGAGGGGCGCUUCCAGGAGGAAGCCCGUCUCCAGGGCCGUCAAAGCUGGCCUCCAGUUCCCCGUGGGAAGGAUCGCCCGCUUCCUUAAGAAGGGCCGAUACGCCGAGAGGGUUGGCAGCGGAGCUCCCAUCUACCUUGCCGCCGUCCUCGAGUACCUCGCCGCUGAGGUUCUCGAGCUGGCGGGGAAUGCGGCGAGGGACAACAAGAAGACUCGCAUCAUUCCGAGGCACGUACUGUUGGCCGUGAGGAAUGACGAGGAGCUCGGCAAGCUCCUGUCCGGCGUGACCAUCGCGCAUGGCGGCGUGCUUCCCAAUAUUCACCAGGUGCUGCUCCCCAAGAAGGCCAGCAAGGGUGAGGCGGAGUCCAAGUCUCCGAAGAAGGCUUAGAAGCCUAUCCGCCCCAAGCCUUUUCGCUGCGUUGGGAUGAGCACUGUAGUAUUGGUAGUCGUUGUCGCUACUCAUUAGUGGUAGUGUUUUUGUUUGUGGUUUGGGUUUCUGGGAUACUGACUGUAUAUAAAGCGGUCGCCUAGUCUUUGGCGCUGUAAUAGAAGGCCUGGAUGGUGUUUUGAGGGGUUGAUAACGAUGCAAUUGGGACAAGCCUUUUAGUGAAAUAUUAUUUAUCGUUUGUCUCGUCUUUCUAAA